CCUCCCUCCUGAGCUGUAUGGACAGGACUAAUGACCAACAUGCCCUCCCACCUCCCUCCUGAGCUAUAUGGACAGGACUAAUGACCAACAUGCCCUCCCUCCCCCCUCCCUCCUGAGCUAUAUGGACAGGACUAAUGACCAACAUGCCCCCCCCCCUCUCCUCCUGAGCUAUAUGGACAGGACUAAUGACCAACAUGCCCUCCCUCCUCCUCCUGAGCUAUAUGGACAGGACUAAUGACCAACAUGCCCUCCCCCUCCCUCCUGGAGCUAUAUGGACAGGACUAAUGACCAACAUGCCCUCCCCCCUCCCUCCUGAGCUAUAUGGACAGGACUAAUGACCAACAUGCCCUCACCCUCUGCCCUAUCGAACAGAGCUAACUUUUUUUUAGAUUUCAUCUUUUUCUUUUGAUUUUUUUUCCCCUUCAUAUCCUUUUUAAAAUUGUUUUCUUAUUGUUAUGUUGACUGACGCAUAAUUUGUAAUAAAAUGCGAAGCCAAAAUAAACAUAUUCCCAAACCGUGAGCCUUUUUUGUUCUUAAAAGUAGCACAGACUCACAGACGUAUAUAUUUUAUAAUAGGUUACCUAAGCAAGAUCAACCAAUAAAGGAGUGGCCUCAUCUUCCCUCCCCCAACCCAUCCUCCCCUAGAGAGAGAAACAAUAUAGCACUGUGCAAGCUCUGCUUACACCCAAUUUCCUUCCAUCCAAUCAGGCGUUCCCUGAGUGCUGAUGGACAGGCCGGGCUGCCUAUGUGGAGCCUGCAGGAUGGGAGGAGGGAGAAUUUCAGCCACUCUGUCCCUGUAAAGCCCCCCUCACCUCUCUGUCACGCCCUGCACAUCAAACAGGAAGUGAACCUAUAUUCCAGAACAGAGUUUUGUCCCAACCAGAACCAGAUGUCCAGACCCUUCGACCACCUCUCUCUCCUUUCCAGGUACGGCUCUCCGUCCUGGGCCUCCAAGAUCCACUUCGGAGCCCUCCUGAAGCUCCGGGCCAACAGCAGAGCUGGGGACCACCUCAAAGACCUACCCAGCUUGCUGGAGGCCGCAGGGCUCUUCACCAAGUCGCCCUCCUGUGGGAAGGCAAUCAUCCAGGAGGCCCCCAGAGACCAGGGCCCCUCUCUUUCCCACUCCCCGACCGUUGACCUCAAAAUCCCCCAGGUGAGAGGCCUUGGAGGCCUGGGGGUGGACUUCUGCUUGGGCUCCCUGAGCUCUGAUCCCUACAGCCUCCCCAGCCACCACUGUGAGAACAGCUUGGGGAAGAGGGAGAGGUCCAUCCUGCCCAAACACAGCCGCCGGGGAAGCAGUGGAGGAGAGAGGGACUACUGGGCUUCAUCCGAUGCAGACCGCCCUGCCUCUGGGGGGCAGUAUCCUACCUCUGACCCCGAGGCAGACCUCAGCAACAAGCAGCUGAGGAAAAAGAGGGGACGAUACCGUCAGUACAACACAGAGCUGCUAGAGGAGGCUAUCGGAGUGGUGAUGGGGGGGAAGAUGAGCGUGUCCAAGGCUCAGACCGUCUACGGGAUCCCUCACAGCACUCUGGAGUAUAAAGUCAAGGAGCGCCUUGGCACCCUGAAACAUCCACCCAAGAAGAAGCUGAAGCUGAUGAGCCGCAUGGAGGAACCGGAGGAUACGGAGGAACCGGAGGAUACGGAGGCCCCAGAGAGCCAAGAAGCUCUGGAUGCGACCAUGGACCUCCAGUCUGUGUCAGCAUCCGGAGAGAAUGGCAGGCAGCUGCUCAGUACAGGCCUCUCCUCAGACGAGUAAAGUCACGACUGAAAGAGAUUCAGUACUUGAUGAUAUGUGAUGUUUUAUCCCAGACCAGGUAAUCGUUUGCAUUUGCCAGGCAGUGGCAAUGACAGAGGAGUCUUUCAGGGGAGGCUGCUGAGGGGAGGAUGGCUCAUAAUAAUGUUUG